CGGAACCCCUUGGUGGCCGUUUACUACACCAACCGGGCCUUAUGUUAUCUCAAGAUGCAGCAGCACGACAAGGCCUUGGCGGACUGCAAGCACGCCCUGGAGCUGGACGGCCAGUCGGUGAAAGCCCACUUCUUCCUGGGCCAGUGCCAGAUGGAGAUGGAGAACUACGAUGAGGCCAUCGCCAACCUUCAGAGAGCUUACAAUUUAGCCAAAGAGCAGCGACUGAAUUUUGGGGAUGACAUUCCAAGCGCUCUACGGAUCGCCAAGAAGAAGCGUUGGAACAACAUUGAGGAGAAGCGGAUCAACCAGGAAAACGAGUUGCACUCUUAUCUCACCAAACUCAUCAUGGCAGAGAAGGAAAGGGAGUUAGAGGAAUGUCAACGAGCCCAGGAAGAGGAGAACAUGGAUGAAAGCCGGAGCCGGGCACAGCUGGCCAACAUAGAAGCCAAACACGAAAAGUACCUGGCAGACAUGGACGAGCUGUUUUCGCAAGUGGAUGAGAAGCGGAAGAAACGGGACAUCCCUGACUACCUGUGUGGGAAGAUCAGCUUUGAACUGAUGCGAGAGCCCUGCAUCACACCCAGUGGGAUUACCUACGACCGGAAGGACAUCGAAGAGCAUCUCCAGCGCGUCGGCCAUUUCGACCCGGUGACCCGAAGCCCCUUGACCCAGGACCAGCUGAUUCCAAACCUCGCCAUGAAAGAGGUGAUAGAUGCGUUCAUAUCCGAAAAUGGCUGGGUAGAAGAUUACUGAUGACUGGAGGGUGCGGUGGGUGAAAGGCCGGGUCGACUCUACUGGAUCUUUGCAGCGUUCCCGGCCGCCGCGGCGAAGGCUCAUGGCGGACUGCUACGGACAGCUCUCGGUACUUGUGGGGCCAGCCUCAUGCCUUACUCUCUGUCUGUCUGUCUCCCCUUUCCCGACCUUUGGUGCCCGGGCUGCCUGGGCUCCCUCAGGCCCAUCCGUCCGAUGGCCGCCUGGCAAGCCAGGAAAAUCUCCCCGGUCCCUUUCCUCGGCCUGCUUUCGAGCAGCUUUCCGAGAGGGGCCGAGACGAGGCCUCCGCCCUGGUCUCCGGUGGCGUUGGAGGCUGACCCUGGGGCAGAAGCGAGACGAGGAAGGAGGUCUUGAGCGGUGGUUUCUGAGGGCUUGGCUGGGCUGGAGCGCCCUUCGGAAGCCAGAGCAGCAGGCAAGGGGUCGAUGCGCCAGCACCCGGACCCACACUGGCCCUUCUGCACCUUUGCGCCUCCCGAACACGCACCUUCUCCGUCGCACAGCGCUGCUGCCGCUUUGGAACCCAGCCUUUUCGGAGACCCCGGCCUCAGAGAGGCCCGGUUCCCUGCCCGCCACCAUCCCAGCUCCUGGGCUUGGCUUUCCGCGGUUGUUCCUCCCCCACGCUCCAGCCGUAAGGUUUUCGUUUGGUCGUUCCACUUUUACGUCUGACCAGGAUUAUUUUGGUCUGUGUGUCUGUUUUUCUUGGUAAAUACAGAGCCACUUUGGCAGAGGUGGGUGGAGUGAGCACUUAAUAGAGAUAUAUUAUUCUUCUGUAGCCGUUGACUGGAAUUUGAGUUUGUUUCAGGCAAGUGGGUCACCUGUUUGUGUGGGAAGGUGCCAGAAGGAAAGCUGAGUUUCCCUUCUCCUAGGUGGUUUACUUUACCCAUUAAACCACUGGAUGAAAGGGUGUUUUUUUAAUUUUAAUUAAAACAGCCUCCUUGAAUAACAGCAGCAUCUUCUGAAGCAUUCUUUGGUGUUGCAGAAUAUAGCUUUUCUAGAAGAGAAGGGAAAAAAUGGCAUGCAAGCCACCUAGUAUUUGUAAACUCUCUGCAACUCGGGCAUGCUGGUAAAUAAAUGUUUGAGCAAGACAAUUAA